AUGACCCGUGAUGCCACAGCGGGAUUAGCGGAACAGCUGCCUUGUGCGCUGUUCCGGUUCUGCGUGAUCUUGACCAACUCACGCACAAUUUUGUCGCUAGGUGCGGCUUUGCUGGCGAAAUCGUACGUGUGGGCAAUGCCGGCGCCGGAAGCGCAGAGCCAGGGAGCCGCCGAGAGGAACGGAGCUGGCAGUGACCGCGUGCCGUCCACCAUCGCCGCGACCCGCCCGCCUCCCGCUGCGCCUGCCCCGUCGUUCGCAUCCCUUCUGUCGCUCGCCGCGCCCAAGCCCCUCGUCUCCUUCCUCCGCUCGCCGCUCCACGCCGCGCUGCUGUGCCUCCCCGUCGCCGCGUUUCUCCUCCUCCUCUUGCAGCAGCCCGUCGCCGUGGAGCACAUCGCCAUCCACGCGGUCGACGAGCAGUAUAGAUUGGAGUCGCUGGGGGAGCAGAAAGGAUCGCCAGCGUCGCACGAGUCGCCAGCGACGCACGAGCAGCUUCAGCGACGAGUUGACGAACUGCUGGCCUCAUGGGCUGCUCAUCUCGCAGAGUCGCCUCCAACCGUCGCAGAUCCAGUCGCAAGCGACUCAGAGGGCUCCGGUCAGAGCGUCGCGUUACCUCCGACCGAAUUCGCAGGCCCGCCAACAGAGCUCGUUCCAGCGCCGCAUUUGGCGGAUUGCGCGGCGAAUGCGCGCGUGUACGCGGAGGAGCACUGGGCCAGCCGCCCCGCCGAUGGCUCCGACCCUCCCUGGGCCGCCGUCCGACGCUAUGCGGGCGAUGGGGAGGGGGAGGGGGAGGGGGAGAGGGAAGGGGAGGGGGAGAAAGGGGUUGGAGAGGAGGGGGGAGAGAGGGAGAGUGAGAUAGGCGGGAGCAGCGGCGGGGAGGUGCGGAGGGAGGCGGCGGAGCUGGGAGGAGAGGCGCGCAGGCGGGGCGAGGCGGCGGUGGAGGGGCCGUUUCCGCCGUGGGUGGAGGGCGCGGACGCCGACAACUACCCUCUCACGCGGGUCGUGCAGCGCGACCUCUGGCGCCACCAGUUCCCCCGCAACUGCUCCCACCCCGCUGUAAGGUUCCUGUUGGCGCCGGUGGGGCAGAGCAGGCGGCACGGGCUGGGCACGCAGAUGACGCUGCUGGCGGGCGCGCUGGCAAUGGCCGUGCGCAGCGGCAGGGUGCUGGUCAUUGCGCACACGGGGGCCAGGGGCAAGGGGCGCGGGGGCGUGGGGCUGGUGGGGGGCUUUGAGCGCGCGGAGCAUGAGGGGUGUGCGCGCGAGGGCAUGCACGGCGAGUGGCGCUGCUACUUCCUCCCAGAGACGUCCCACCAGUGCAGGCGGCGCGCUCACGCCCUGGCCAUGCACGCGGCAUCGUUCCAGGGCGCCCACCCGCUGCUCGCCACCCCCAAGCAUCCCUCCCUCGCCGCCCCUCAGCCCCUUCAACACGCGGGGAGUUCAGGCGAGGACGAUGGGGGGGAGCAGGGCAGAGUGGAGGAGGAGGGGGCAGAGGGGGAGGAUGCAGGGGGAGAGGAGUCGGGCGGCAGACAGCAGCGGCUCACAGGGUUACGUGCCUCUGCUGCAGUGACCGCUGGUCCGUCUGACAGCAGCUCACUGUGGACCAUCGCACCAGGCCCCAUGGAACGGCAGCUGUGGUGGCGGGUGCGGGUGCCGUGGGUGCCGCGCGCGCUGGUGAGCAUGCACGUGCGCAUGGGCGACAAGGGGCGCGAGAUGCGAGUGGCGGGCGCAGCGGAGUACGUGCGCCUGCUGCUGCGCGUGCGCCGCCACGACCCCCACGCGCGCUUCGUGUGGCUCGCCACCGAGAUGCAGCCCGUGGUGGAGCAGCUGAGCGGCAUGGGCGGGUGGACGUGGUUCACCACGGACGUGCCGCGCAUGGCGGGCAACGACAGCAUGCCCGCGUACGAGCGCGCGCUGGGCGUGCAGCGCAGCACGGACAACGCGUUUGUGAAUCUGCUGCUGGCGGGCGAGGCCGACUACUUCAUCGGUGCGCUCGGGUCGUCCUGGUCCUUCCUGCUCGACGCCCUGCGCUGCACUGCUGGGAAGAUGCGCCGCGGUUUCCUCAGUGUCAACGUUUCCCCUCGCUGGUAG